UGUGUCUUCCAGUAUCCUGACAAGGCGCCCGAAAUCGCCAUCAGGAACCCGCGCGGGCUCUCAGAUGAGCAAAUUCAGAAGAUUUCGCAGACCCUGGGACAUGUUGCUGAAGCCAGACUGGGAACAGAGGUGCUCUAUGAACUGAUUGAGAAGGGGAAGGAGAUUCUCACUGACAACAACAUUCCCCAUGGCCAGUGCGUGAUCUGCCUCUAUGGAUUCCAGGAGAGAGAAGCCUUCACAAAGACCCAGUGCUACCACUACUUCCACUCCCACUGCCUGGCCCGCUAUGCCCAGCACAUGGAAGAGGAGGUCCUCAUGCAGCAGGAAGAGAGAGACCAGCACCUGGCACCUUCCUCAAAACAGGCAGCCGGCGUGCAGUGCCCUGUCUGCCGGGAAACCCUCGUCUAUGACCUGUGUGCCCUGAAGGCAGCGCCGCCGCCGCAGCAGCCGCUGGAGCCGUACAGGCCAGAUGCCAGGACCCUGCAGCACCAAGAGGAACUGCGCUUAAUCUUCAAGAGACAGCAAGAGAGGGGUGGCAUUAUCGACCCUGAAGCCGAGAGGAACCGUUUCUUCAUCAGCCUCCAGGCGCCUCCAGCUGCUGCUGAGUCAGGCGAAGCAGCCCCUGCUUCUGAGCCACUACAAUCUGCAAGUGCUGUGGAUUCACCUCGGGCACCGUGUCAGCCCUCAGCUCCAGAGCCAGCCGGGCCUCUGGAGGCCAGGGAAGAAGCCAGGCAGCCCGAGAGUCCGGCUGUGCCCACGGAGCACCAGAGCAAGCGAGAGAGGCACAGAGGCGAGAGGCUGGGCCUCAGGGGCCGGGGCCGGCAGCUGUGCAGCGAUGCGCAGGGAGCCGCAGAGGAACCCUGUCAUCCCCCACACGGCUCCAGGGGCUCCAAGGGCUUCGGCCGGAGAUCAGAGAGGAGCCAAAGAGCUGGUGGGAGGCAUAGCCAAGAGUUUCUGAAACCUCCCAGCAGAAACAGGGCUGCAGCCCCGGCUGAAAGGAAGGAGUUGAGUCCUGAAGACCCCUCACCAGUAACUGGGAUGUUGGACUUGAAAGAGGAUUACCCUGAUGUGAGGAGAUGGACCCCAGAGCAGGAGGCUGAGGUCCGGGGUGAUGAGGAGAACCCGGCACUCAACCGCAGCAAGCACCGAGGAGCUCCCGGCUGGCAGGGCCACCACAGGCCCUGGGAUUGUGGAAGGUGGGAGAGGUCCCGGGCGCAGGAGCCUGGCGCCUACCCCAGGGCGCCAAGAGGCCGAGGGGCGCUCAGGCCUGGGGUGCGUCGAGAAGCCCCUCACCUUGAAAAGGAGAGCGGCUCCUAGCAGGACUGCGGAGGGCUGGGCUGGGGGAGGGAAGGG